AUGGAAAAUACUGGACACAAAGCUGAACCAUUUGCAGAAGCUAUUUUGUCUACAUUGAACAAGUAUGAUAUUUAUAUUUAAUUUCUUGGAGGUCAGUCUUAUGACAAUGCUGCGAAUAUGGCUGGUGCCUAUUAAGGUGUUCAAGCCAAAAUUAAGUUAGUUGCACCACUUUUUAAUUUUGUUCCAAGUUCUGCUUACUCUUUGAACUUGAUUGGAUCAUGUGCUGUUAGUUGUUGCAGUGUGGCAAAUAAUUAUUUUUCAUUUGUUCAAAAUCUAUAUGUUUUUUUUCUCAUCAUCAACACACUGUUGAAUGAAAUUGAACCAACAUGCUAAAUCGACUGUUAGAGCAUUAAUACAAAUUGGACAGCUGUAAAAAAUGCAUUGCAGGAACUUGUAAAUUGUGAUAGCAAAAAACAACUUACCCGUACUAAGGGUAGUGGAUUGUUACGGAACCUGAACAAUUUUGAAACCCCAUUUAUAACAUCCCUAUGGUGUGAUAUUCUUCAAAUAUUUAAUCACGCAAGUAAAAAAUUGCAAUCUACUCAAUUAGAUCUCGGGUCU